UGUUACAAACAAGCACAACGAAAUCGGUUAUGUUUACGAUAUUCACGGCGACAAAUUCAUGCUUAAUUUGGUUUUAAACCAAGUAACAAAGAAUUAAUGACCACGUAAUAUUGGGACCACCAAGUCCUGAUUCUACACUGGCUGUCACAGAGGCCGAGUACACGUACAAGCUGAAGAAGACGAUGGUGCCUGUGCUGCUACAGGGGGCAUACCAACCAACUAGCUGGCUGGGGAUCAUUCUGGGAACCAAGCUGUAUUUUGACAUGAGUCCUGGAAAAGACUUUGGCGCCAAGCUGAACGAACUUGUGAGAGAACUUGGCCAAAAUGGCAGAAUAACAGAGGAGGAGGAGAAGCUGCUGGAUGUGACAGACGCGGCCCCCAAAUCUCUCAGUACAGUCGCCGCUCGAGGUGGAGGAGACAGGGUGCCUGGUUGGACCAACAAAGAUGUCAUUGAGUGGUUGAAAAACAUCGGCAUGUACCAAUGUUCUUCUUUGAGGACCCUGACCGGCGAGGAGUUGAUGUUCCUCCAGCAUCUGUUGAACAAGGCGCCGGAGUUCUACUACAGCUACCUUGAGAGAAACAUGAAACUGAAAUCGCUGAAGGAGCUAAUGACGUUCUCAAACGCCCUAGCCUUGCUAUGAGAGAUUGUGAGAUGUUGAUGGAUCGAACCCCUUCUCCUGACAGACGCUCUAUCCGCUAGACCAUGGAGACUCUUCUUCUCAUCCUUAGAUCGAAGAUAGAAAAUAUUUGUGCGCGGAUUAGUUCUAAAGGUCCUCUAAAGGAGACAGACAGUUGCGACAUGUUGCAAGGGUUUUACCCAUGUGAAUAAAUGUUAUCAUCUCGUAUUGAUGUGUGUGAAAA